UGAGCCUGAGGUGCGACCACAGCGACUGUCACUACACAUGAUUGUCAGGAGACACCUGCCGCCUGAAGCUGCUGACUGGCCACAGGACCUCAUUGUGGAGUCACUAAACAAAAUCACCCAUCUGAGGUUAGACAGAGAGAAUAUUGGAGACAUUGAUGGUCUAGAACUUCUGGGGAAGUCUGUCACCAACGUCUAUCUGCAGCAGAACAAAAUCAAGAGAAUUGAGAACCUUGAUUGUCUCCAUUCUCUGCGUUUCCUCACUUUAGCUGGAAAUAAGAUCAGGACAAUAGAAAACCUGAUGUGUUUGCCAAAGCUGGCAUUUCUUGAUCUGUCUGAAAACUUGAUAGAGACCUUGGAUGUAGAGGAAUUACCGCAGUCCUUGAUAAUCCUGUCCCUAAAAGAGAACCAAUGUACCUCAGAAGAUGGCUACAGGCCUCGGUUGAUAAAAGAACUGCCCAAACUGCGCCAGCUGGAUGGAGUGGAAGUCAGGACAUCUGAGAAGAGGGCUGUGGGUUAUGUUAUAUCCAGUGAUGAGGAGGAAGAGGAAGAAGAAGAAGAAGAAGAAGAAGAAGAAAACAAUGUUGAUGAUGCUGCUGAUGUUGAACACACCAUAGAGCAAAUCAAAGGUGUCUUCAAAACACUCACCUCAGAUAUGUUGUUAAGAUCACAGCAGCGUCUUGAAGAUACACUUAAAGAACACAAACUUCAUAAUGUAGAACUUGAAGCAAUCCGCUGCCAGUCUGCAAUACCAGAGUUGGCUAGCUCAAGGGCAUCUAACAUGUCUGAUAGCAGAAUUCCAAGUGCACUAUCCACAGGCUCAAGGUCAUCAACAGGAGUAUCUGGGUCAAGGUCACCAUUAGCUCACCCAGUGUCACCAAGUAGUCGCUCUGGAUCAAGAUUGGGAUCACAAGGAAGCCCUCUCCCACCAAUUCCAACUCAGAGCGAGAGGUAGUAGACCUUACAUCUAUCGCGUUACCGCAGUGCACCAUUUAUCCAGUAAAUCACAUGCUCACAAACACAGCAUGUCUGCAAGCAGAGGAAGGUCUACUGU